AUGACAAGUUUUCAGACAUCUCCAGUGGACUACGCAGUCCAUGAGUAUGGCUUCACAAACAGGUUGACAGCCCCCAAUGGCUCUUCAGUAACCUCCCAGGACUGCUCCAUAAAUGCUGGUUCUCUGUACGAGAUCUCAGGGAACACGGAAGACAUCCCUCUGGUGCGCUGGAGGCAGCAAUGGCUGGAGAACGGUACUUUGCUUUUUCACAUCCAUCACCAAGAUGGCGCUCCAAGUCUCCCUGGGCAAGACCCAACUGAAGAACCCCAACAUGAGUCAGCAGAAGAGGAACUGAGGAUCCUCCACAUCUCAGUCAUGGGUGGCAUGAUUGCUCUGUUGCUAUCCAUCUUGUGCCUGGUGAUGAUCCUGUACACUCGCAGGCGCUGGUGCAAACGUCGCCGGGUCCCCCAACCCCAGAAGAGUGCCAGUGCAGAGGCAGCCAAUGAGAUUCACUAUAUUCCAUCUGUGCUGAUUGGCGGCCACGGGCGAGAAAGCUUGCGCAAUGCCCGUGUGCAGGGCCACAACUCCAGUGGCACCCUGAGCAUCCGGGAGACGCCCAUCCUGGAUGGCUAUGAGUAUGACAUCACAGACCUGCGUCACCACCUGCAGAGAGAGUGCAUGAAUGGAGGGGAGGACUUUGCCAGUCAGGUCACCCGCACCUUGGACUCCCUACAGGGCUGCAAUGAGAAGUCUGGGAUGGACCUCACACCAGGAAGUGACAAUGCCAAGCUGUCCCUGAUGAACAAGUAUAAAGAUAAUAUCAUAGCCACGAGCCCCGUGGAUUCCAACCACCAGCAAGCCACUCUGCUCUCCCACACCUCCAGUAGCCAGAGAAAGAGGAUCAGCAACAAAGCAAGAGCUGGUUCCGCCUUCUUGAACCCUGAAGGGGACUCUGGCACUGAGGCAGAAAAUGACCCACAGCUGACGUUUUACACUGACCCCUCUCGGAGCCGGAGGCGCAGUCGAGUGGGCUCACCCCGAAGUCCUGUGAAUAAGACCACCUUGACCCUGAUCAGCAUCACCAGCUGCGUGAUUGGCCUCGUGUGCUCUUCUCAUGUCAGCUGCCCUCUUGUCGUCAAAAUCACCCUACACGUCCCGGAGCACCUGAUCGCUGAUGGUAGCCGCUUCAUCCUUUUGGAGGGGAGUCAGCUGGAUGCCAGUGACUGGCUGAACCCUGCCCAAGUGAUUCUCUUCUCUCAGCAGAACUCCAGUGGGCCCUGGGCCAUGGACCUCUGUGCCCGGCGGCUCCUGGACCCUUGUGAACACCAAUGUGACCCCGAAACUGGUAGGCAGGAGCACCGGGAAGCGGGGGAAUGUCUGUGCUACGAAGGCUACAUGAAGGAUCCUGUCCACAAGCACCUUUGCAUUCGGAAUGAAUGGGGAACAAACCAGGGGCCUUGGCCUUAUACAAUAUUUCAACGAGGCUUUGACCUGGUUUUGGGAGAGCAGCCCUCUGAUAAAAUAUUCAGAUUUACCUACACUCUCGGGGAAGGCAUGUGGUUGCCCCUCAGCAAGAGCUUUGUGAUUCCACCAGCUGAACUGGCAAUCAAUCCGUCCGCCAAGUGUAAGACCGACAUGACUGUGAUGGAAGACGCUGUGGAGGUCAGAGAGGAGCUGAUGACAUCAUCAUCCUUUGACAGCCUGGAAGUCCUCUUAGACUCCUUUGGGCCAGUGCGUGACUGCAGCAAAGAUAACGGAGGCUGCAGUAAGAAUUUCCGCUGCAUUUCAGAUCGCAAGUUGGACUCUACUGGUUGCGUGUGCCCUUCGGGACUCAGCCCUAUGAAGGACAGCUCAGGCUGCUAUGACCGCCACAUUGGAGUGGACUGUUCAGAUGGUUUCAACGGCGGCUGCGAACAGCUGUGUCUCCAGCAGAUGGCGCCUUUUCCAGAUGACCCCACCUUAUACAACAUCCUCAUGUUUUGCGGGUGUAUCGAAGACUACAAGCUUGGGGUGGAUGGACGGUCUUGUCAACUUGUCACAGAGACCUGCCCAGAGGGAGGUGAUUGUGCAGAAAGCAGAGAGGUCCCUAUGAACCAGACUCUCUUUGGGGAAAUGUUCUUUGGUUACAACAACCAGUCCAAAGAAGUAGCUGCUGGACAGGUGCUAAAAGGAACAUUCAGACAAAACAACUUUGCUCGUGGUUUAGACCAGCAACUGCCAGAUGGUCUUGUGGUUGCCACUGUCCCACUGGAGAAUCAGUGUCUAGAGGAAAUCUCAGAGCCCACCCCUGACCCUGACUUCCUGACUGGGAUGGUGAACUUCAGUGAAGUGUCUGGAUACCCUGUGCUGCAGCACUGGAAGGUUCGGUCUGUGAUGUUCCACAUCAAACUCAACCAAGCAGCUGUCUCUCAGGCCUUCAGCAAUGCUCUCCACUCCUUGGACGGGGCUACAUCUCGGGCAGAUUUUGUGGCCUUGUUGGAUCAGUUUGGUAACCAUUACAUCCAGGAAGCUAUCUACGGCUUUGAGGAAUCCUGCUCUAUAUGGUACCCAAACAAACAAGUCCAGCGGCGGCUCUGGCUGGAAUACGAAGACAUCAGUAAAGGCAACUCCCCGUCUGAUGAGUCGGAGGAGCGGGAAAGAGAUCCCAAGGUGCUGACAUUCCCAGAAUACAUCGCUAGCCUGUCAGACUCUGGCACCAAGCGUAUGGCAGCUGGAGUCCGAAUGGAGUGCCAGAGCAAGGGACGAUGUCCCUCAUCUUGUCCUUUGUGUCACGUGACGUCCAGCCCUGAAACCCCUGCUGAACCAGUUCUGCUUGAAGUGACCAGAGCAUCCCCCAUCUAUGAACUGGUGACCAAUAAUCAGACCCAGAGGCUCUUACAGGAAGCCACCAUGAGCUCUCUCUGGUGUUCGGGGACUGGAGAUGUCAUCGAGGACUGGUGUCGAUGUGACUCUACUGCUUUUGGAGCUGAUGGACUCCCUACCUGUGCGCCCCUCCCACAGCCUGUGCUGAGACUUUCCACAGUACAUGAACCCAGCAGCACCCUUGUGGUCCUGGAGUGGGAGCAUUCAGAACCACCAAUUGGAGUGCAGAUUGUAGAUUACCUGAUCCGUCAAGAGAAAGUCACUGACCGGAUGGACCACUCCAAAGUCGAGACAGAAACAGUGCUGAGCUUUGUAGACGACAUCAUCUCUGGAGCAAAGGCUCCAUGUGCCAUGCCGUCUCAGGUGCCAGACAAGCAGCUCACCACCAUUUCUCUCAUCAUCCGAUGCCUGGAACCUGACACCAUUUACAUGUUCACCCUCUGGGGAGUUGACAACACAGGGCGGCGCUCCAGGCCAAGUGAUGUGAUCGUGAAGACCCCGUGUCCUGUGGUGGAUGAUGGCAAAGCCCAAGAAAUAGCAGACAAGAUCUACAACCUCUUCAAUGGCUACACCAGUGGGAAGGAGCAGCAGACUGCCUACAACACCCUUCUGGAUCUGGGUUCCCCCACUUUGCAUCGAGUCCUCUACCACUAUAACCAGCACUAUGAGAGUUUUGGGGAGUUCACCUGGCGGUGUGAGGAUGAAUUAGGACCCAGGAAAGCAGGUCUCAUCCUUUCCCAGCUUGGAGAUCUGAGCAGCUGGUGCAAUGGACUACUUCAGGAGCCCAAAAUAAGCUUGAGGCGUGGUACCCUCAAGUACCUGGGCUGCCGCUACAGUGAGAUCAAGCCCUAUGGACUGGACUGGUCAGAGCUCAGUCGGGACCUCAGGAAGACGUGUGAGGAACAGACCUUGAGUGUCCCCUACAAUGACUACGGGGACAGCAAAGACAUCUAA